UCGUUCGAAAAUGAUUGGAAACCGUCGGUCGCGCAUCGUUCGUGAAACAAGACGGCAAUUUCUCCACGUCCUGCCCAGCCGGCGACGGACCUGAGCCAUUUUGAACCGCGGCGGUGUCGACGAAAAAAGUCCACCGAGGCUGGAUCAGCGCCCAAAAACCUAACUCGGCUCGCGAUUAGGCAUAAUAUGACCUGACGCGGCGGCCGGCGCAUCGAUUCGACGGGCCCAAGUGCGAUGGCAAGAUCCGACUAACGCGAUGAGUCGAGCACCGCUUCGGUUGUCGAUAGUUUUGCUAGCGUGCCUCCUGGAAACCCGCGCGGAGGCAGUGCCGGGUCAUACGAAUCCUCUUCGAGAGCUGGACGAGCGUUCGAACGUUGUUCCUUCAAGCGAGGAACGCGUUGGAGCAGUCAGCGUAGAUAAUUACGUCAAAACCCCAGCGUCGAAGGACACCGAGCCUGCUGAAUCCUCGGAGACAGUGGUUUAUAACAGGUUCCUAAAGGCACCUGAUGACGAAAACGGCGAAUUUAAUGAACGAGACCCUGAAGAAGGCCCUGUAGAGGACCCUGAAGAAGACCCUGAAGAAGGUCCUGAAGAGCACGCGAUACCCUCCUCGGAGCACGAGACCCUGAAUGGAGUAUCGCCGAAGCCUAGGUACUCUGCGCCAGGGCAAUGGGCUAGGCCCAAGAAGGCGAGGAACGCCAGCGAAGAGGAUGUGCCGUCGAGGUUGUACGCGCAGGUGCGCCGGACGCACACGGUGCGGCAUCUGCCUCGGAGGAAGGCGUUCGAGAACGCAGAGAGCGAGGAGGAGCUGGCGAACGCCGCGAGGUUGAGGCAGGUGGUGAGGAACACGAAGGUGAACACGGUGUACACUGAAGAAGGCUACGAGGACUCGGCGUACGAUCAUGCAGGUCGGAUCAGAGACGCUGACUUCGAGGAGGGCUACGCGAGGAAGAGCCGAGGGCGGCUGGCCGCGAAGAAGGCGUCCGGAAAGGGCGUGGGACAUCCUCAAAGAGGCGAGAGGUACAAGGAGAGAGACCCUGAAGAGUUCGAGGACUACGACGAGGACUACGGAGAAUACGAAGGCGCCGUGGAUCGUGGCAAGGAGGUCAGGGAACAGGCAGAGAGUCGGUGGACGAAGAGCGCAUACCCUAAGAUGAUAGCCGAAAAAGGGGUGAGGGAGCUACAGGGGGACUUGGAAAAGGAGGCUGAAGAGAUAGAAAGAGGCGCGGAGAUGAACAAGCCGGGAGGUGCUAGCGCCCCCAGCAAACUGGAGUCCGUGACCACCUUGCCUGAUGAGGAUGAUCAAGACCUAAAGAGGAGUCGGGUCGGGAAUACAGACAGGCGAGACGCUUAUCCGGGGAGAUACGUGACUUCUAGGACCCCAGGUGACGAGGAGACGGUCUCCACGGAGCACGGGACCCCAGAGACGACGACCAUGGCGAAUCACGUCGAAGCUUUAGCGCUGGGACCACCAGAGUCCUAUAAGUACGAAGUAGAAGGCGGCUCUCCGGGCGAGAUCGUCAGCUUUGAAGGAGUCAGCGAGGCGCCGACGACGGUGAGCUACAGCCAGCUCUUCUGGGACUACUUCAUGGCGAAGCAGAAUCAGCAGACCACGCUGGGUCCGCUCAUAGAGUCGGCUACCGUGAGUCCGGACUUCCUGCUGCCCUCUUCGGGCGUGGAGAACGCCUUCGCUCUUGAGCAGCUAUCUACACCGCCCCCCGUGUCCUCGAUUCCUCAGAAAGUGGUUGAUCCAGCCCAACAACAGCUUGUGAUCUUAGAGGAUCAACGCGUCGAGUGGCCAGCGGUCGACAUCCAAGAGCCACCUAAGCUAGGCCCAGCACAGUACCCAGGAGCGAAUGUUGUCGGAGACCUGGUCGUCGACUCCAUCAGCAGCCUGGACAGCACGGAAGCGAGCUUCGCGAGGGCCUUAGCCGACACACUGACCUUCCGCAGGCCUAGGUACAAGAUCACCAUGCGGCAAAGGCCGGUUGAACCCUUCGAGGCUGUGGCCACGACUGCUGAUGGCGAGGGUACGACCCCGGCGAGCGUGGAUCCUAGGUACGCGAAGAUGCUGGCGCAUCUGAGAAACGAGGAAGGACAGAAACUUCGUUCCAGUGCGCCGGGGAACACUUUUCACUUGUACAGGGUCAGCGAGGGCUUCGCGGGACCUGUGCCGCUGAAGGAAAAUAGCUACCAGGGUCCCCAGGGUCUCCAGGGUUCCCAGAAUCUCCAGGGUCCCCAGGAUCCUUAUGGAAGCGCAAGGUCCACGCUCGGGGCCCUUUUGCCGGCGGCCCAUUCACUGAGGACGCCUCUAGGCCCGCCUUCGCUGAGGUCGUCUCUAUUAGGGCCUCCUCCGUUGAGGUCUCCUCCUCCAGGGCCGCCUCCAUCGAGGUCGUCCCCAUUGGGUCCUCCUCCGUCGAGGACUCAUUCUUCAGGGCCGCCUUCGCCGCAGUCAGCUCCCAUUGGGCCGCCUUCGCUGGGCCCACCUUCGGCGAGAUCAGCCUCUCUACCCUCGCUGCGGCCUGGCCCUCCGCGAAGGGCCGCUCCGCCCAGCAGCCUGCUGCCACCGGACCGCAGCAGGGCGUACAAAGAAACGGGUGGUUACGUCCACGGCGGAACGAGGCCGGCGCGCAGCAGGCACGUUCCCAGGCCGGUGUUCCGACUGGAGGCGGUCGGCGGCUUGCGGGCAAGAAGGCGCGAAAGAAGAGGCGCUGACGAAACCGGCGACGCCGGGACAAAACCGUCGCGCGCCGUGGCGAAUCCGGGUGAAACGGAGCGGGUGGCGAGAGGCCCGAGAAAUCCGUUACGGAAAGUGACACGCAGCGCGGAAGCGGAGCCCGAGACCGCUGUCGAUGCCGUUGGCGAGGAACCGCGCUCCGGCGAGAGCGACUGGGGUGGGGGGUCGCGCGCGACGGCUGCUGGCGGAGCCGCGCGGACUGUGGACAGUGACUCAACGGGGGAGGGCGCAGUGGCACCGAGUGAGUUAGACGGCGCGCUGGGCGAUAGUGCGGCGGGAGUGGGGGAAGCGCCGGUGGCGCGGAACGACGACGUGACGGCCGGAGUGGGGGGCACGCCGGUGGCGCGGAACGUAGACGGAAAGAAGUUGGAGUCGGGAGCUGCGAGUGAAGGCGUCGCGCGGAAACACGGCGGCGGGGAAAGGAAAUUUCGGCCGAGAGCGAGCGAGACCGAAGCAGCGGGUGGCAAGAAAAUGGAAAGUGAUAAAACCGGUGAAAAAGCGGGCGCCGGGGACACGUCCAGGCGCAAGAGAAGUCGUCUGGACGUGGACGAAAAAGACGACAACUCCUCGCACCUCGAGCUUAGAGCAGAAGAAAGCGACAAAGUCUCCGUGCAUGAGAACAAGGCUGGGUCAACGUUGAGAAAUCACGAGAGCCUGUUGGAGGAGUCGCCGAAGAUAACCGACGGCGUGAUCGACGACGAAAUCGAGGCCCGAUUCAGCGACGACGAGCGAAAUGAUGACGACGAGGACGGGGAAGUGGAGGCGGAGGUGCCAGACCUUCCGGACUUCGACUACGUGGAGGAAGCGACCCAGGAGGCCGAGCCCGUGGCAACCACCGAAGCCAGCUUGGACACGGACAAGUACCCCUUCUACGAGAAGCUGCCGAGCCCCUCGGCCCUGCAGUACGCCACAGACCCUCGAAGAGUGCCUGGGAAGACGUUUGGGCGAAUGAACUUCUACAGGUCCCGGGACCUUUACAAGCACUGCGACGAGGUCGAACCGAGCUUGGACGUCCUGCCGGAGGAGGAGCGACCGGUCGCCGAGAAAGACGUGAACCCAAAUCCCCAGCGUCUGAAGGGUCUGGGCGACAAGUUGGACUGCUUUAAGGCUAAGUACUUCGACGACGAGCCAUUCGACAACCCGCUGUUCCUGGAGAAGGAGGUGGGGGACCCCAUGCCAGCGUUGGAGGUAGGGUCGAAGCAGUUCGCCUCUAGGAUCAUGCUGUUCCCGAAGGAGGACGAGCAGAGCGUGGUGCAGAAGUCGUCGAAGAAGCCGGAGGACAACCUCCGGAACCACCAAACCCAACGAAAACAGCGCAAUCCGGACCCCGGCAAAGGCAGGGCCCCGAAGACUCGCCGCAUCCGCGUCAAGAGCUAUCCUAGGCAGGUGACCAGGCCCCGGUUGGUCAGGAUUAGGAGCAGCAGUGUGAGAUAUGUGAGGCCGAGGAGGCCCCAGAAAGUCGUCAGGAGGCCGCUCGCCUCAGCUAGUGACCUGUCCUCCUCGUACACGCCCUAUCAGAACCAGGUGUACGAGGACGUCAUGGGUACGAUCAAGAAUAUGGCCAGCUCGUACCAGGUGGAGGAGGUCACCACGGUUCCGUCCUCCAAAGAGAACCCAGGGACCAGCGAAUCCAGCACCAGCGAGUCCUCAAACGCCACGAAGACCGCGAGGAAGGAGAAGGACAGGAAGUCCGCUAACAGUGACGAGCGUUCCAGCAACUCGAGCAGCGCCGGGAUGCCUCCGCCGAGGCACUUCAGCAGGCACAGAGUCGCCUACAAGAUGACCAGGGUGCCCCAGAAGGGCAAACCCCGGGUACAGCUACUACAAGUGACGCCCAACGGGCUGAGGCCUGUCAGUCGUCUUCAGAGGAUCAUCAGAUACAAGCGGGCUGCGGACGACGUCCAAGGCUCGGUCGAAGGUUUUGCCGAAGGCUCCGUCGAAGGCUCCGUCGAAGGCUCUGAUGAACUUUCUCCCGGAGAUACACCAGGCAAGGAAGCAAAGUCUGAAGAAACCAGAGAAGCCAAAAAGUCAAAGAGCAAAGUGGACCUAAAGAUCUCCCACCCAAUCGAAGGUAACAGCACCUCGUCCUCGACGAAACUCGAAGGAACAUCCAGAGUCCCGCAAACUGACCCCUCGACCGAGCAGCGUCCCAAAGUUGUCUAUACAGUGGGCGAUCGGAUCAGAUUCUCGAGGCCGAAGGCGGAGCCGAGCAGGUUCGGGAAGUUCGCUAACGGGAGCGAGGUAGUGGCGGAUCGGCGCAGGAAGGAACCGAGGUACAACUAUAUCAAGCGGAGGAAGCCGGCUUCCAGCCAGCUUUCAGCUUCAUCCUCGACAUCCACAGAGCGAGUUCCGAUUGCCACGACGAUCAGCACCGACGAGGUCGCUGUUCCCGAGGCGACCCAAGAGGACAGGGACAUUAAAGACUUCGACUCGCAGCUUCCAACGUCGAAUGCGCCAGCAGAGUCCCAUCAGGUGGCGCCGUCGAUGGAGCCGAACAAGACUGGCGCUGCGUACGCUGUCCGCGAGGACCUGAGUGAGGAGCAACCUGGGCAUACGACAGGGUUAACAGGGUCCACAGAGUCAACAGGGCCACUAAGGUCGACAGGGUCAGCAGUGUCCAAAGAGUCAAAAGGGUCCCCAGAGUCGACAGGGUCAACAGAGUCAGCAGGAUCAACUGAUCAGCCAGAGUCCUCCAGGCCUAGCCACCUAGACUCCGUCGCCUCGAGCUACGACUUCUCCUCGGAGGAGCUGAAGGCGUCGCUUUUCUCUAAGGCCAAAGACACCUCGCCUCCUAACUUCAGCGACUCCAGUGAGCAAGGUAUCCCUAAGCCUUCGCGCCGACCUUUUAACGAAGGCUCCUCUAAGAAAGCAAAGAGCAACUCGGGACCAGGCGAGGAGUCCUCGGAGGAGGACACCUCGAGGAGCAGCAGCUCAAAGGAGGACCGGUCGUUCUUCAGCUAUUGGUCCAGACCCUCGUCGCCAGCGGAGAGCUACGAGGACGAGAAGUACAGGGAGCUGGGCCCCAGGGUGAACAAGCCAGAGUUCUUCCAUCCUCCCUUCUCGUUCCUGCGAUCAAGGAAGGCGUCACCUAAGAGCAGCUCCGAGGAGCACUCAGCAGAGUCCCAAGAGUCCGCGGAGAAGGAGGAGUACGUCUUCCCGUGGCACAGAGACAAGGUCUACGAGAAAAGGAGGCGCAAGCGUAAUAGGAACUAUGACAACCCUAUGGGGGAGUACGAGUAUCCCUGGGACAGACGGGAGCGCUUGGCCGGCGAGGGGAGGGGGAAGAGAAUGAAGAGGAGACGGCUGGCGCAGAGCGAAGAAGAGGGCCGCAACAGGGGCUACGAGACCAAGUAUCGGAGGAACGUGUACCCAAGAGGUAAAGUGAGGUACUGGAAGGACUCUGAGGAGGAGGGGGAGUCCCCGGACAACGCGGAGAGCAGCAGCGAGCACCGGCCGGUGAAGAAGUACAGCAGUAGGUACAGCGCGAAGAAUCUAACUCGCGGGAGUCCUCGGUCGAAGAGGGUGCAGGAGAUUAGCAGGGCUAUUAAAGAGGCUUUGGAAGGAGACCCUGGUGACACUUUCGAGGCGCUGAGCUCCGGGGAGAGCGAGGGUCUUCCUAAUCGGACUCAGAGCUCCAGGGAUGUUGAAGAGACAACUGUGGCGCCGGAGAAAGUGGAUCCGCUUGAUCUGGUUAAGAGGAACGAGAGUUCCAGCGGGUCGCUGAGGAAUUCGUUGGACAACGCGGAGUCGCGGCUGGCGGUGAAGAAGGCGAGCGAGGCUCUUCUCGCGAGGAAGGAGGGGAACACUGAGGCGCAGCCGAGCGGAAAGAGACGCAGACCUGCGAAGAAUCUCUCCGGUGUAGAAACUGCGGCAAGAAGCGCCGCAAAUCGCGGUCGGAGGAGGCAGAAGCCGAGCGUGACUGCGAUCGGCGCGACCGCGGCGCCUAGGGCGGCGAGGAGAAGGGCCUCGAAGUUGGUGGGGGACCAGAAAGUUUUGAAUGAUUUGGGCAGCGAUGGCCCAGAGAGGGUGGAAAGCUCGGUGUCGGGAAAUCGGACGAAAUCGAACGUGUCCCAGGGAGUCGGUGCGGCGAGGAGAAGUGGAAUUAGGGGGGAGAAAAAUUGGACAAGAAAAAGCACCGAUCGGGAGAUGAAAGAAGAGACGAUGAAAAGUGCCGAUCAGCAGACGAAAGAAGAGCCGAAGAGAAGUACCAAUCUAGAGACGAAAGAAGAGCCGAAGAAAAGUACCAAUCAGCAGACAAAAGAAGAGCCGAAGAAAAGUACCAAUCAGCAGACAAAAGAAGAACCGAAGAAAAGUACCAAUCAGCAGACAAAGGAAAUGAAAGAUAAAUGGAGCGAGCUUAAGAAUGACGAGAAAGGGAAUAUGACAGCUGAAAGCGAAUCUGUCGAUGGUGAAAAGGAGUUCGAUUGGCACGGUGGAGAGGAUCUCGGCGACGAUGAGGAAAGGAAAUCGGUCGACGAUGACGGAAUGUUCGUUUUCAUGGACGAUAGGAUUGAUGCUCUGAGCGAUUUUGCUAAAUCCGACGACGUUCCCGGCGACAACGAUGAGUUCGAAUUCGAUGGUAUCGUUGAAUCUAACGCGACCGUGCCGCGCAAUCGAGCGGGUCAACUGUCUACUCAAGAAUCGAGGGAGAUCGUUUCGACUAAGUCUUGGAUAUCGCAGAACUAUAAUUUCUAAAGAUUUUUCCUUUUGGAGAACAACGGCUUCCGUUUUGCUAGGAGAUCUUCAAGGUGAGAACCGCGAGCUGUAAAUCGAUAUCGAUUCCGUUCCGCGACCGAGCAGCUGAAGAAAUGAAGAGGCAGACCGCAGUGAAAGGGAAAAGGAAAGUGAACAGAACGAUAUCGAAUAAAGACUUUGUUUUUCUGUACCCGUACACUAUUAAAGUAUCUUAACUACCUAUUAUCGUUCUUCUUAUCAACGUGAAACUACGACACGUGUUUUGUUACUUGAUGGUAAAUUGUAAUAGUGAUUGCUUUGAAACAGCGAUCGAUUUGUUGCUGCGGUCGUUUAAUAGCAAUUCAUCUGUUAUAGCGAUUGUUUCAUAGCAAUCGAUCUGUUGUAGUAAUUGCUUACUUACAAUCCGUUUGUUAAUGUAAUUGCUUAAUAGCAAUCCGUUUGUUAUUGUAAUUGUUUAAUAGCAAUUCAUCCGUUGUUUCUGCUGUUGUAUAUAGAUUCGAUAGCUAUGAAUAAAGGUAGACGUUGCAUGAACCGUUGCUCGUAUUAUACUUCGUGUGCAGUGAGAAGAUUGAAGGUCUUCGGAAUCAGAUUUAAUAUUAGACAAACUUAGAAGUGGAUUCUGUCGUAAUGACGCUGGUGUAGCAGCUAUUUCUUUAUGCUAAUAUAAAAAAUUAGAUCAAACUUGAUCUUAUCGAAUGAAUUUUAGAAUCGACUAUAGAUUGAGUUAUAUAGAAUGCAGUAUAGAAUGAACUAUGGAAUGUAGUAUAUGCAAUGGAGUAUAGAAUGGACUGUAGAAUGAAGUAUAGAAUAAAGUAUAGAAUGAAUUACAUAAAACAGACUGUAGAAUAAAGUGUCUAAAAUAAAAUAUGAAAUACACUACAGAA